AUGACUACUCGUCAACUUGGAACUGUGACGUGGUUCAAUCCAAACACGGGCAGCGGCCAAAUACAAGAACUCCCUGGCCAGCAGUAUUGUUCCUUUAGCCUUUCAGAUAUUGAACAAAUUGGAGAUGAACCCAUUUUUAUUGGACCGGGACGAAUGGUCAGCUUUGAAGUUGAGAAUGAUCGGGCGGUUAAAAUCAAGGUGCUACAGACCUAG